AUGUACGGCAACGUUGGUCUUACUACUCCCCGUGGCUCGGGUACCAACGGUUAUGUUGUGCGGAAUCUUUCUUACAUACGUCCGAGGCAGCAAAACUCCGAGGACAGCAAACCGCCUGUGCAAUCAUUUGCCAAUCGGACCCCGAAUAAGGAGAUUCUACUGCACGAACAGCAAAGGAAAACUGAGAUUCAGCUUUUAAAGUAUAAACAAGAAUUAGCAGAGAAGAAUGUUCCGGAAGAAGAAGCGCAAGAGAAACUUGCGCAGUUGCGUCAAACAUUACUCGAAAAGAUCAAUGAAAUGCCUUUAGAGAAAAAUUUACAAGAACAUCAGACACAUCAAAUCUCGGAGGCCAAGGCGCGCGAAAAUGCUAAAUUUGCCCGCGCUUUUGAUAUCGAUACCGAUAAUUAUGUCGAAGGUUCUGCAUUUGAUAAAGAAUAUCAAGAACGAAAGCGGAAGGAGCGAGUUGCACUUCGAGAAAAAGAACGCGAAGAGCGACGUAAAUUUUUAAUAGAUGCUCGCGACUGGUAA